UGAAUAUGUGGGGUUUAGGGAAUUGAUGUUUCUUUUUUUGUGCAUACCUUAGUGUCUAGUCCUCUGAACCAUGACAGGAGUUAGCAACAUGCUGGUUGCAGGGACCCUGCUGCUUUUCCUCAGUGCGCUAACCGUUCACGGAAACAACCUCACCUCGGAAAUCACAUUUAUCGACUAUGUUGACUACCCUACUGAUCCACCUAGUAUUUCUAACUCUGAGAACGCCUGGAUGGUUUUGCUCCAGAAUGAGUCCAAUUUUUGUGAUCCAAACCCUUGCCUCAACGGUGGCUCCUGCACAAGCUCUGAUAUGGACUUCACAUGCUCAUGUCCUGAGCCGUACAUGGGCAGAACCUGCCAGACAUUGAGAAACGUUUGCGAGAACGUCAUAUGUGGAUAUGGAGACUGCGUCGUCAACGUGACGAGGGAACCGUACUACGAGUGCAAAUGCAGACCUCCGUUCCAGGGCCCAAACUGCAAGAUACGGCCAUCGUCUCCCUGUGAACCAAACCCCUGUCAAAACGGAGGCUCCUGCAUCAAAAGGACGCGACGCUUUGGCUGCGCAUGUCCAAGCGGGUACACUGGGAAGUUCUGUCAUAUCGCUCCUACUGACUGCUACGAGGGAAAUGGAGAGACGUACAAGGGUGUGGUCAGUAUGACUGAAGAAGGGGAGGAGUGUCUGCACUGGCGAUCCUAUUUCAUUGUGCUCAACGGGGAAGAUCCGUUUGUUACAUACUCACAUUUCCCAUCCCUGGAUGCUAACUUCUGCAGGAACCCAGAUGCAGAUUACAAGCCUUGGUGUUUUGUUAAAAGACAAAACAAUCUAGAUUAUGGCUUCUGCCAAGUCAGGCGGUGCACUGAAGACGCUCCUCCCACGGAAGUUUCACCACAGACACCAGAGACAAAUCCUAUGCCGUUCACCCAGUGCGGAAAACCCCAGCCUCGCGUUAACAGGAUUUUUGGGGGCAGCAAGUCUUUUGCAGGAACCCACCCGUGGCAGGUGUCCUUGCUAAUGAGAACCAAGGGCUCAUCUGAGAACUUUACCCACAUGUGUGGCGGCAUCUUAAUCACAUCCUGCUGGGUCCUCACUGCAGCCCACUGCAUUUCCAAAACUGAGGAAAUCCAAGUGAAGUUGGGAGGAGUUAACUUGGAGGUAGAGGAGGAAAUGGACCAGACCAUCCCAGUGAUAGAAACCAUUCGUCAUGAGAAGUACCUGCACACGUCUGAAGCUCUUUACAGCGACAUCGCUCUGCUUAGACUCAACACCACGGAUGGCUCCUACUGCGCUCGUGAAAAUCGCUUUGUGAAGGCAGCGUGCCUACCAGAUCAGAUGUUCUCACCUGGAAAGGAAUGUGUAAUCUCUGGAUGGGGAGCCACGGAGACCCAGAAGAUCAGCAAUCACCUGCUGAGCGCUCGUGUUUUCCUGAUCUCCGAUGAGCGGUGCAAGGCUCCUCACAUCUACGGAGAUCUGCUGGACGACAGCAUGUUUUGUGCCGGGAUCAUGCAGGGGGGCGUCGACUCCUGCCAGGGUGAUUCUGGAGGCCCGUUGGUGUGUGAGCACAACGGGACACAUUACGUCGUCGGCGUGGUGAGUUGGGGUCAAGGAUGCGGCAUAACAGACAAGCCUGGUGUCUACUCCAAUGUGUACGAAUUCGUCGACUGGAUCUACAGCAAGAUCAAUGGAACACUGCGCAACUAGUGUGUUCGCCUUUUUAUUCUUGCAAAGAAAAAAAAAAAUGAGACAACAGCUUCUUCUGCCUUGGAAAAAAAAAGAAAAAAAGUUUAUUUUAUCAGCAAUAAAACCAAGCAUUUACUCCCAGCCCAGCUUUGAGUUAAACGAGGCACUGUUACAAACUCACAAAGCUGAACCUGCCAGACAAAAGUAGAUCGUUUCGUUGGGCCUAUGCUUCUUCCUCGUGUGUCCCUCAUUCAUUUGUCACUUACUAAAGAUAAAAAACAAUCAAUGUAAAAAUCCUUUUUGUAAUUUGCACCGCUGACAGUACAGCAAACCCUGGUCCGGCUCUGUAUCCUCUGAAUAGACUCUGUACACAAACACUAAAUGCAAACUUUUAACUUCA